AUGCUGCAGAACUCGCUGCUGACGCACGGGACCAUACCUCACUGGAUGUUCACACGCGGUAGACAGCUGCUCGGGGUGAAUGUGCUGGCAGCUGAGGCGUGGGGAGAUACGCGAGGGCAUGAGGCGGUGAAGGCCGACCAAGAAGAGGACCUAGUGUCAGACACAGUGGAGGAAGAUGAUGACGAGGAUACGUGUGCCACCAAAUACACCGGAGUCAAGAUGGAGAAAGCCUCCGGCAAGUACGGCGUGAAGAUCCUGAUCAAGGAAGCUGGGAAGCGUAAGCAACAGCGUCUGGGAGCAUACACCUCUAUCGACGAGGCGGCGUACGCGUACGUGCUGAGGCCACGAGACAAGAUACCCAACACGGUAACCCUGACAGCAGCAGAGAAGGCGCUGCUGCGUGGAUGCACCAAGGACGAUCUGCAGAUCCUUGUGGAAGCGCGGAAGUGCUGGAGGUGGAGGAGCUGGCGGGAAGCGCUGGAGAGCAUCAGUAGCAAGCUGAAAAGUGGGAGGAAGCGGGGGGGUGCAAGAGGUACAUCAAAGAGGCAGAGGGUGGUGGACAGCAACAACAUGGCGGCGAACGAACCAGAGGACACUGGCAAUGCUGAUAGUGGGGGAACGGCCCCCGUGCUCAACGACAACGCUGCUCAGGACAAGAGCGCCAAAGAGAACGCGAGGUUGGAGGCGCUAUUCUUGAAUGCAAUGUCUCGGCCCUCCGGUGGCUCUCGAAAGCGUAAGGCUCAAAAGCAGAGAGACCCUGGACAGGGGUGUAUGAACCCCAAGCGGCAGCGUGUCGAGACUUGGAGCGGCGGGUCUGAUGAUGACGGUGAAGACGACGAGGAAGACACGCAUGGAUCUGGUGGCCGUCAUAUGCGGACCGCAAAGUCUCCUAUUCUGAAACGCGCGUUGGAGCAUCUGCCGACAGGCAAGGCGUGGAAGUCACGCCUGCAAAAGGGCGAGCAAGGAGAGUUGAAGAGGGGCGGCAGCAAGAAGGGCGACAGCAAGGAGAGUCAGUCUGAGUGGACUUCUCAUUCGGGGUAUGGGGCCGCUUGGAAUUGA